AUUAUUUCGUCUUUGUAUCGUUCUCAUUUCAAAGAAUGAUCUCUUCAAUAUGCGUACAAAACUCGAGUCUUAUAUCCUUUUCCGGCAGCUUGCUGUAUACCUCUUCCUUUCAAGCAGCGGAAGGGCUGCUGCGAGACCUACUUCCGAUGAUACAAGUACACCAGUUGGUCCGACACCAGUUACGGAAAUUGUUACUACCAACGGAAAAGCCAUCACAGAGGUCUAUACACCAACAACAAUAAGCAUUAGCGGCUUAACACCACCAAUUACCAAAGCCACUACAAUCACACAAGUCAUAACAAGCAAUGGGGACACGGAAACAGUGGCUAUCGCCAUAGCAGCAGGCGCUGGUGUAGUGGGCGCUGGAGCACUUGUAGCAUGGCUAUACAAGCCCGUGCCAGGCGGUCUACCUGCGCCCACAACGCCGCCUUCAUACCCAACCUCUAGUCAAGACAAGCCGCCAGAUACCACAUCGGUACCGCCAAAGACGACAAAAGAGGCAGCAUGUCCCUUUACUCAAGUAAACCCUACAAAAGACUUCAAGCAGUACUCUAAGGAUCCAACCUGGACGGGCGCAAUUCCAAGCCUUACCGCCUCGUCCAUAAAGGCUGCUUGCACGUCCAUAGGUGCUAAUAAGCAGCUCUAUCGCGGCACUGAUCCGAGCUACAUCAAUGCGCUUUCGGGCGUAUUCUGCAAAAGCGAUCUCUCCAAGGACCAGGAGAAAGAUCUUGGGCCCGACGAUCUUCCUGAUGGAAAUAGCUACAAGUCGUCGUCUGGACUCCAAGGAAUUAGGAUUAAAUUUGACUUCAAAUUUAGUAAAAAGAAUGAUGCUUGUUCAAAGAAUUGCGUGGAUGCUUAUAACACCAUGAUAAAGACUUGCCAGUACGACUCUCAUAGCUUAUACGGCGGCGGCUCGCUCGUUCAAGGCUGCGGUACGUAUAGCUUCAAGAUUGACGCAGAGCCAAACACUAAGAAAGAAUGCAACCCCCUUGACCCCCGAGGGCAGGAGUACAACUACGACUACCGGGAGUCGGCGAUGCAGCAGAUCCAAGAUUUCUGCAACUCCGUUGAUGGCAAAGAGGUCAAACAAAAUGACAAGACGACGUGGAUCGAGCCCAAGAACAAAAACACAGAUUUCUUCUCCGUCGAGUACGCUGGCAACUGCCAGGGCUCCGGCACGUAUAAAAUCACCAAGGACAACUGCAACAAGUACCUUAUGCAAACAGUCGACGAUUGCGACACCGAUACCACGAUGUUCAAGCAUGGCGGCACACUCACCGAUACCGAUAAUUGCGGGCAAUUCAAGUACACGCCCAAGAACUACGACGUGCCGGACUGCUACCCAUCCAAUAAAAACCACGGGUACAUCACGGAUGGCACGCACGUGCCGCUCAAGCACGACGUCGCCAUGGACGCCAUAACCCAAUUCUGCGACCGCUCUGGCGGCGGACAGCAAUACACGCUCGAUCCCUCCAAGAUCCCGUCGGGAGACUCCUGGGAGCAAGACUCGUGCACGGCCGCGGGGUACGCCGAGUGCGGGUACUUCUACAAGAACGACGGCAGCCGGGUGACGGCGUCGGGGGAUCUGGGCGAUGUGAGUAUCCGGAUGCGCGCGAGCUAUUACGAGCCGCAAGGCUUUGUCUGCCAGCCGAAGCAGAAGUAUGACAUUCAUGGACAGAGGUGUGAGGAUGAACUGACAAAGCUCGUCGAUGGAUGGUGUAAUACGAAUUCGAGAGAUUCAAAGGAUCUAGGAAGCUUCCUCGAGAGUGGAGAUUAUGGAUGCGUGAGGUGGGAUAUGUGGGCUGUGGCGACUCAUUAAACGUGUCGUUACCUUGAAAAGUUUCGGAUAUCAAGCGAUAAAUCGAUGUUGGAGUUCUAGUAGGAGUAUUCUUUUUUUGGGCGAAGUGGAGUUUUGAUAGGCAUAAAUGCUCUCAGGAGAUAACGACUUUUUGGGCCGAGAUUAUGAAAUUUACACAAAAUUCACGGACUCGAGUUAUUCAUUCCUAGUUAUUAUAGUGGCUAGC